UAAUGCGUCGUAAGCAUCUUGUGGUAAACAACUGUGCAUGAGAAGAGGGAAGAAGGCGCAGAAGGAGCUGGGUCUGACUGCAUCACUCCCCACUGACGGACGUUCCACCACGUGCCGAGGAGACUCCAGCGAUGUGGGCCACCUCGCUGCUGCGAACGCUGGCCUUGCUGCUGGCGCUGGCGCUGGCCGGGGCUCUGGAGGAGGCGCCGCACCCAGCGACUGGCGCCAAGGCCAGCCAGGAUGCCGAGGUCGACUUCCUGAGCGUCAAGCUGGUGACGCACCCGCUGUGUGUGCAGGACAUUCACCGGCUGUGCGCCGGCGAUAAUAGCAUCGCGCUCAACGACAACACGCCCAACCUGGACAUCAUGAGCUGCCUGCUCGACCAGCAGGAGGAGGAAGAAGAUGCUGGGGUAUCUCCACAGUGCCACCACGUACUCUGGCAGCUGCGCCACAACCUGACCCGCAGCGCCAGCAUCGUGCGCGCGCUCAACACACUCUGUCCGGGUCAGAAGUUUGCGGGCUGCGAGGAGACGGACCAGCGGCCGGGCCACUUCAUCUCCUGUGUGGUGGAGCAGAUGGAUAACGUCGAGGAUGAUGGCUGCGCCGACUUCUUGGAGAACCUGGCCGUCAUGAUCUUUACCGACUACCGGAUGAUCUACAAGUUCGCCGAAGACUGCGGGCCCGACAUUGACCGUUUUCAAUGCGGCCGAUUGGAGGACAGUGAUGAGAAGGCGCACAGCCAAGGCAAGACGAUCGAGUGCGUCUCCAGCCACAUGGAGAAGCUAUCGGACUCCUGCAAGCUGCAGGUGUUGCGCGUGGCCGAACUGCAGGCCGAGGACUACCACAUGGACCGACCGCUCUACUUCGCCUGCCGCGAGGACCGCGAGCGCUUCUGCGCCAGCACCCUGUCCGGCAAUGGCAAGGUCUACCAGUGCCUGCUGCACCACAAGAUGGAGAAGGAGAUGAGCAAGAAGUGCCGCAAGCAGCUGACGCGUCGCCAGAAGAUGACGUCGGUCGACUACAAAGUGUCGAAGCGGCUGCGUAAAGCGUGCAAGACCGAGCUGGCGGACAGCGGGUGUCGGCAGGCGGGCGGACUGCCCGGCGACUCGGAGGCGGCCCACUCCGUCAAGCUCGGCUUCGUCCUGCUCUGCCUCGACAACUACCAGAAGCAGGGCAAGCAGGUGAGCGGCGAGUGCGUCCAGGAGAUGGUGGAUCACCGCCGCGCGCUGAUGGAGGACUACACCCUGUCACCGGAGCUGAUCAUGUCCUGCGCCGAGGACAUUGACCGGCUGUGCGCCACGGAGGCGCAGCUGCGCGGCGGCCAGGUCAUCCACUGUCUGAUGAUGCGCGCUAACCCGGCCAAGGUGGCCGAGGAGGAGCGCAUCUCGAACCAGUGCUUGCGUCAGGUGGAGGACCUGCUCCGCAUGGCUGACGUGGGUCAGGAUUGGAAGGUGGACCCGGUGCUGCAGCAGGCCUGCGCUCCUGUCGUCAGGGAGGCCUGCUCGGACGCCCGCGGUGGCGACGGCGCGGUGCUGAGCUGCCUGGCCGAGACGCUCGACUCGGACGCCAUGACCGACGAGUGCGAGCACGUGCUGCUGCAGAUCCAAUACUUCGUCUCCCGAGACUUCAAGCUCGACCCGCAGCUGUACAAGAUGUGCCUGAAGGACGCCCAGCGCCUCUGCCACGCCUCCGACCAGUGGUGGGAGCAUGGCGAGACGGGCGUCAGUAAUGACCCCAUGGUGCUGCCGUGUCUCUACCGCAACGCCUACCACAACUACAAUGAGACGGCUGCGGACAAGAUGUCGGACGGCUGUCGCUCGGCCGUGCGCCGGGUGAUGAAGGUGCGCGCCGACGAGGUGGACCUGCGGCCGGAGAUCGAGGAGGUCUGCAUGCAGGACCUGGCCAAGCUGUGCUCGGAGCGCACGCAGCGCGGCCACGAGAUCGUCUGUCUGCAGGACAACUACCGAGAGCUGAAGCCCAAGUGCCAGGCGGUGAUCCAGUCGCUGACGCAGGACGAGGCGCGCUACGUUGAACUCAACCCGGUGGUGGCCAGGGUCUGCAAGAACAGCAUCAAGCAGAACUGUAUGCACCUGAUGGAGAAAGGCGGCGUGAUGGAGUGUCUGAUCGAGCACAAGGAUGACCCGGAUCUGAAACACGCCGCCAAGUGUCGCGCCGCCAUCAGCCACUUCCAGAUCAUCAGCCUGGCCGACUACACAUUCAGCUACAAGUUUAAGCAAGGGUGUCAGAGCGACAUCCUGCAGCUCUGCAAGAACAUGGAGAGGAAGGCGGACGUGAUGGCCUGCCUGAGCGCCGCCAUGCUGAACGACACGCUGGACGGCCGCAGGCAGCGCGUCUCCAAGCCCUGCCGCCUGCAGGUGGAGUCGCAGCUGCUGCAGCGGGAGGAGAACGAGGCGCUCGACCCGCGCCUCAAUAAGGAUUGCGGCAAGGACAUCCACACUCACUGUCGCCACGAGUCGGAGAACAAGGGCUCGGGACGGGUGUUGGAGUGUCUGCGCGAGCACGUGGACGAGCUGCUGCCCGCCUGCAGCCACCUGCUGUUCCGCCGCCAGCAGCAGAGCCUCAUCCUGCCCCAGGCCGACUACUUCCUCUUCAACGCCUGCAAGGGCAUGAUCCUCAAGUACUGCCGCGCCCCUGAGAGCUCGGGGGCCGAACUGCUCGGCUGUUUGAAGGCCCAGCUGGACGAGCCGUCGUUCGACCCGACCUGCGAGAAGGUCGUGUCUCGCCGGCUGGCCGAGCAGAAGCGGGACUACCGGCUGCACCCGGCACUGCGGCGCGCCUGCCAGGCCGAGGCGCGCGCCCACUGCGCGCCGUUUCUGGAGCGCCAGACGCCGGACAGCUCACUGCAGGGCCAGGUCACCGCCUGCCUGGCCGGCGCGCUGCGGCGCGGCAUGCUGGGUGACGCCUGCAGCCGUCAGGUGGACCUGGUGCUGCGCGAGGCAGCGCGCGACGUGCGCCAGGACCCGCUGCUGCUGCGCGACUGCGCCGCCGAGAUCGCGCAGCAGUGCACCGGCCUGCCGCCAGAGCGCGUCGGCGAGUGCCUGCGGGAGAAGCUGGCGGCUGGCUCGGCGCUCAGCGACGCCUGCGCCAGGCGCGUGGCGCGCAUCGUCGAGGACGUGAACGUGGACGUGCACACGGACCCGCAGCUGAGCGUGGCGUGCGGGCUCGACCUGCAGCGGCACUGCGCGCAUGUGCCGCCCGGCCACGGCGCGCAGCUGACGUGCUUAACGGAGGUGCACGACCCGACACAGCGCUGCGCGGACGUGCUCAACAUGCGGCUGAAGAUGGUGGCCGCUGCUUUGAAGGUGCGGCCGGUGGAGACGGUGCCCGAGCUGAUCGCGUCCGUGCGCGACUCGCCCAGCCGCGACUUCUUUGUGCUGCUCGUGUUCGGCAUCCUGGUCGUCAUGUUCUUCGGCGGCCUAUGCUGCGGCCGCGUCACCAAGAGGGCCAAAUACAUCCACAAGAUCAAGUAGGAGCGCGGCCACUCGGCGCUGCACAGAAACAUCGACCAUCAGCCGGGCGGACGGCGAGAGGCUGUGCUCGGCACGCGGAUUCGCAUAUCCAACGACGCAUCACUUGGGACGGGCUGGCAGCGACGGGCCAAAUCGCGCGGUGUGGGCUGUCAAGCACGUGCUGGCAUCAGCGUGUGGGCACGCUGCGAGGCUCAUCAGAGCGACGGCGCCGACAAGAUGGCGCCGUCACGCUGGCGAUGGCCGCCGCCGGUGUGGCCCGGGCGGCGGGACAGCGACGGUCAUCGUGACGGUGUGCGUGUGUGUGCGUGACGGACUGCUGCGCCUCGGCUGUGGACUGCUGCGCCUCGGCUGUGGACUGCUGCGCCUCAGCUGUGGACUGCUGCGCCUCAGCUGUGGACUGUUGCGCCUCAGCUGUGGACUGCUGCGCCUCAGCUGUGGAAUGGUGCGCCUCACCUGUGGAAUGCUGCGCCUCAGCUGUGGAAUGCUGGGACGUUCUGCGCCCAGCGGCGCGCUGGCGCUGCCGCUCGUGCCCGCGCUCGUGCCCGCACUGGGAGUUGUCCGGGCCAGCGGUGGGGCGGGUGGCGAGCUGUUCUGACGCGCAAAAGUCUGCCUCGCGCCACCGGCGCCGGUGUGGGGUGGCGAGGCACCGCCGGCUGUGCAGCAUUCCUUCUCGUGCCUCGCUUCUGUUCGCAGCGGGACCGUUACCCGCGUGUUUUGUGGCUUUCCUUUGGUGAUCUGGUGGUGCUCCGUUGCGCUGUCCACGAAUGCUGUUCAACCUUGGGGCAUGUGGGCGCGGCACAUCAAAUCCGCAGUAUGGAUGCAUAUAAAGAAAUGUGGGUCUGAGGUAUGCGCCGGUUGUUCU